GUCUGCAAUUUUUUCAUGAUUGAGCAAUCUUGCUAUCGAUCACGUAACGUCCUGUACAUACUUAUUAGAACUUUUUAUGAGGGUAUUUCAAAACUUAUCCAAAUAGGUUUUAAACUUCAUUUGGGAUCUAGAAGUAGCUAGUCUUGGUCUGUUUUUGAUUGUGAUAAGGUCUCGGUACUUCAAGUGCUACUGUUUUUGAAUCGUUUGAAACCGCAAAAGCUCCUUUCCCCCUCUUACCUUGUCCUUUCUCCCAUCAGUCGAAAAUCUCGAGAUUCCACAGGAUCCCAUUCCCAGAUCUGAUUAAAAUUUCUCAAUCCACAUGUCAGAGUCUACUGAUCACGAAGAGAAAGAAUAUCCGGGAGAUUUAAAUCCGUUCGGUUCGGACGAGGAAGGCGCGAAACCAAACGCCAAACCCAGCACAAAUCCUUUUGGGUCGAGUGACGAUGAAGACGAGGAGACGAUUGUUCCGCACUCGUUCCCACUCAAGACCUCCAGAAAUGCCUCACCCGUGCCGAAUCCAACUCCCAGGAAAUCCCUUGCCCUAGGUGUCCCAUCCGAUGAUAAUGCUUCAAUACGGCGGGGCUCAGCAGGUUCGCCAUCGCGGCUCAAACCUCCAGUACCUGCACCGCGCAGGAUAUCGAUGAUCGAUGCCACUGCGAACGGCCCACCGCGAUCCUCUUCGGGUUUAUCAGUACAGGAUACCAGCGCCGGAACUCCUCGCUCCGCAUCCAGCCUCAGUUUGGAAUCUCAAACGAGCGGCGCUAGUGCCAGUGCGGCCACUACGCCUAAGAAAAGACAAGCCCCACCUGUUCCCCGCAAAGACAACGACAUGUCGAGAAUCGCUCCGGCGAAUGUGGCUCCAACGAUAAACGGUAACACGCCGACCUGCGGAAGUAUGCGAAAAACAAAAAAGCCAGCUCCUCCCCCUCCCGUGGGAGCUAAAAAGGAUGUUUCCCCGAAUCUGAGCAAUUCUGAUUUGGAGCGCUCGCUGGAAUCAUCAUUGAACGGUAUGUCGAUCACGUCAGCCAGAUUUCAACCACCGAAAUCCGGAGAUUCAUCCGCUGGUGCCAGUCCAGUUUUCAUAAAACGUCCGACUCUGACAAAAAGCUCCAAUGAUCGUGAGAUUGAACACACCGAUACUGGUGCUGUGGAUUCAGCUGACGAGAACCGCGUGAUGGAAUUGUUGGAAGAGCUGAACGCGGAACACCGUCUUAUUCAGGCAGAACUGCGACAGCUUAUUGAAAUGCCAGUCGAUCGACGGACGGAUGCACAUCAAGCCCGAGAAGAGCAGUUGUUGAAAGAUCUGGUGGAAAAUGUUAAACGCCGAGAAGAGCUGGAAUACGAAGAGGACGAUGAAGAUCCAGGUCAAACAUUGACCAACAAACCAACAAAGAAAAUGAAAAAGAAACGCAAGUUCAAAAUUAAGAAGCUUCUUGGUGUGGGCACAAAAUAACUCCGUGAAUGUGUACGUAAAGAGUUUGUGAUGGUCAAAAAGGAGGGUUUCUCCAGUUUUUUGCUUUUAUAAGUUGAUAUUCAACUCUUGACGACAAACUACGUUUUCAACGUUUUAAUAUGCUGUAUACAUGAUUUUAAUCUCUUAUGUUAAAUGAACGUCAGAAGCGAGAAGAAAUCUCUUGAAUUUUUUUAUUGAGUAGCGACUUCUAAUUAGUGAGAAAAAAUAAAUGGGAAAACUGUA